AUGAACUCGCAUAAAUUUCUUCUGGCAGUGCUGCUGCUUUUGCUUCUCAAUUAUGCAUCCUAUGCUGCCACAUCAUGGGAAGAUGAUGGCUUCCUCAAAACUUGUUCAUCACAUCGAUGCCACAAACAUGGACCAGAGAUCCGGUUCCCCUUUCGGCUUCCAAGCCACCCUCCAUCAUGUGGCGCACCAGGGAUGCAAUUAUCAUGCUCUGGGCAUGACACCAUCCUUGAUCAUCCAGUUCUUGGCUCCUGCAAAGUGACAGCGAUAUAUUACAGGCAUCGUGUCAUGAAUAUCAUCCUGCCAGCGGACUCGUCAUCACACUGCCCACUUCAGAAGCUGGUCACACGAAAUCAAUCAACUGAUGUGUACGCACCUGUCACACGCACCUCGUUAGACUCAGUACUAGUAGGCUGCUCAAGAGAAGCAACAAAUCAAGAUGGUAUCAUCGGCCCAAGCUCUUGCCUAAGCCUCGUUAACAACGCAAGCAAGCUCUGGUACCUGGUUCGUCCUUAUACAGAUAUGUCUACUCUUCCCAUGGGCUGUGAGGUGGUUGCGAAGGACGUCCCAGUACCCUACACUUACGAUAAAAAUGGUCCAAAAUAUGAGAUGUUCUUCAGAAGGUCACUCUUCAACGAAAAGGCAAAUAGAGCAAUCAAUUUUGGUGAAACAACAUUCAGUUGGAACCUUAACCACAUCACCAACUCUUGUCAAAGGUGUGAAAAGGAAGGGAAACACUGUGGAUUCAGUUCAAACAGAGGACAAGCAUUCUGCCUGCAUCAUGGUAAACAUGUCAUCCUCAUUGCAGCUACAACAUCAGUAGCUGCAUUCAUUGUUCUGGUAGCCACUGCACUCUAUCUUUCACUGAAGAAAAGAUAUAAUGAAGCAAUACAUCUGAAAGUAGAAAUGUUUCUCAAAACAUAUGGCACAUCAAAACCCACAAGGUACACUUUCUCCGAAGUUAAGAAGAUAGCAAGACGGUUCAAGGAAAAAGUAGGCCAAGGUGGGUUUGGAAGUGUUUACAAAGGACAGCUACCAAAUGGUGUGCCGGUGGCGGUCAAGAUGCUAGAGAACUCUACAGGAGAGGGAGAAGAUUUCAUCAAUGAAGUAGCAACCAUUGGACAAAUCCAUCAUGCAAAUAUAGUACGCCUCCUGGGUUUUUGCUCUGAAGGAACAAGACGUGCGCUUAUUUAUGAAUUCAUGCCAAACGAGUCAUUGGGGAGAUAUAUAUUCUUGCACAAUCCUAAUUCUCAAGAGCUUCUAGUACCUGAAAAAAUGCUAGAUAUCGCUACAGGCAUUGCUAGAGGAAUGGAGUACCUACAUCAAGGAUGUAACCAACGCAUACUCCACUUUGACAUCAAGCCUCACAACAUUCUGCUGGACUACAGCUUCAAUCCAAAAAUUUCAGACUUUGGCCUUGCUAAGCUGUGUGCAAGGGACCAAAGCAUUGUUACCUUGACUGCAGCAAGAGGAACAAUGGGCUACAUCGCACCAGAGAUAUAUUCUCCAAAUUUUGGUGGGGUAUCAUACAAGUCAGAUGUUUACAGUUUCGGCAUGCUGGUGUUAGAGAUGGUGAGUGGAAGGAGGAAUUCAGACCCAGGUAUCGAGAACCAAAAUGGGGUGUAUCUACCAGAGUGGAUCUAUGAGAGAGUAGUCGCCGGGCAGGACCUGACACUUAGUAGGGAAAUAGCUGACCAGGACAAAGAAACAGUGAGGCAGUUGGCCAUUGUUGCACUCUGGUGCAUUCAAUGGAACCCCAAAAACCGGCCGUCGAUGACAAAGGUGGUUAACAUGUUGACAGGAAGGUUACAGAAUCUACCAAUACCACCUAAGCCAUAUGCCUAG